AUGUUCCGUCCGGGAUCAAUCUUCUACGACGAGCACGGGCAGCCGCCUGCAAAGACUCCGCCCUCUACUUUGCUUGCCCCUGACUCAGUCCCCCUCGUCUCCCUGGUCUCACCACCCCCUUCUCCCUCUCGCAAUUCCAUCUUUGACCAGCCCUGGUCCACCCCGGCUAGGCCCAAUAUCACCUCCCUUCGAGCUACGACCAGUAAUCAAACCAAUGCCUCAUUAUCCUCAUUAUCCUCAUUAUCCGCCACCAGACCCAACAACAGCACUACACCUGCAGCCUCAAUUGCCCCCGAUAACGAGUACAGCCCCAGCAAGAGUAAAAGCAAAAGCAAAAGCAAUGGUAAUUACAGCGCCAAGAUCCUUCUUCAUAACAACAACAGUAAUACAUCACUCAGCGGGACCAACCAGACUAUAUCCAUCAGCAUGGAAGAACCCUCCGAGACAACCAUCGGUAUGUGA